AUGCCUGAAAAACUAGUAAGUGGAAGCUUUGUAUCUACUCACUUUUAUUUUGCCACAAGUCGAAAUUUCGAAUUGCACAGUCAAAAUUUUGGAUUUCACAAUUUGGAUUUAUACAUGUAUAAAAUUGUAAAAGCGAUGAUUCUACGUACGACUAUUUUGUUGUGUUGUUGUUAUUUGGUAUUUGCUGAAUGGCAGACUGUUCUUCCAUGGCAAGUUAAAACAACUUUACUUGAGCUCUCUGAUCAGUUUGAUAUUUAUUCUGUAAGAGGUUUACCGAAACAAAUUUAUAGACACGAUUUACCAGACGAUUAUGCUGCUUAUUGGUAUAUAGAGAUCAAUAAUUAUGAAUAUGUUAUUCUAUCAUCCAGUUCAAAAACAGGUGAUUAUAAAUUGGUAAUACAAGGUACAGCACCAUCAAUGUUAGAUCAAGUUGAUAAAAUGGCGUCGUUAAAGGAGAGUAAAUGUAGUAAAUAUUAUAUGAUGACUCCAACACCAGGUGUUGAUAUAGCUUGUAAUUCUGAUCAUGAUCAGAUGAUAUUCUAUGAGGAUCGAGUACACAAGCACACUAAAACGUGUUUAUAUAUAUUUUUUCAAAAUAGCGUCCAGUAUUCCCAAGCUGACUACAAAACACUCAAAAAGCUAUGGGAGAACCAAAGACAAGACGUAAGCCGAGAAGGUAUCUGGGAGGAGUCCAUAUUCAAUAAACAUCAGCAGGCUUCAUAUUAUCAUGUGAUCGAAUACAGUCAUAAAGUAGUCGUAGGCGACAACCAUCAUGUCGGUAUCAAAUCUAUGAAUGGCGGAGCAGUUCACUCAAAAGAAAGUCAAACUAAAUUAUGCUCUCUUCUGAAGAUUUGUCAUCCAGAUGAUAAAAUAUUGGUCGAUUCGUCAAAUUUUGGUAGAACCAAGUAUGGGCAAGCUUUCCUUGAGAUAUUUGUUCCACAGACAUAUAAGGACGUGCAGUAUUUUGAAGUAGCCGUACAAGACCAAGGCGAACAAUAUGGGCGAAGAUUGAUGCUCAAUACAAAGCAGAGACAUAAACGUCAAACCACCAAUUGGACCUACUAUUCCAUCAAUGAUGAAAAUCUCUUCCCCGACUACAACCAACACCUACACGACUGUAAACGGAUGUGUUGCGCAGUUGGGUGUGUACCGGUAGCCUGGGCUAUGAUUUUAGGUUAUUAUGAUCGACGAUCCCAUACUAAAAGUAAAACAUAUGGCACUGGACAUUCCAGUUGUAAAGCUCCAUCUUAUACAACAAGCAGAGUCCAAAAUUUAACAGAAUAUCUAAAUGACCAAUUGAAAACGUUCUGUUUGAACGAACAAGGAGCAACAAUGCAGGGCAACAUGAAAAGGUUUGAAACUUAUUUCAAAUCACAUCAAACCUCGGGAAGUCCUUCUGUGACAAUUCACACAAAGGGUUUUUUUUGGCCUAGUUAUAAAAUAUAA